GCGGGAGGCGGCGGUGCGCCGCCCCGCCGCUUUGUCCGCCUGCCGGCGGGAGCCGCUCGUUCCGGUGUGCCGAUUUGAGUCAACUGCCUGGUCAGGAUGAGCUGGAGUUUCCUGACGCGGCUCCUGGAGGAGAUCAACAACCACUCGACCUUCGUGGGCAAGAUCUGGCUGACUGUCCUCAUUGUCUUCCGCAUCGUGCUGACCGCCGUGGGGGGAGAGUCCAUCUACUACGACGAGCAGAGCAAGUUUGUCUGCAACACGCAGCAGCCGGGCUGUGAGAACGUCUGCUACGACGCCUUUGCGCCCCUGUCCCACGUCCGCUUCUGGAUCUUCCAGAUCAUCAUGGUGGCCACGCCGUCCGUGCUCUACCUGGGCUUUGCCAUGCACCGCAUCGCUCGCAUGCCUGAGUCCUCACGGCGCCGGACGCCGCCAGCCCGGCGGGCACGCAUGCCGGUGGUGCGCCGGGGAGCCGGGCGAGACUACGAGGAGGCAGAAGAUGACAACGAAGAAGACCCCAUGAUCUUUGAGGAGAUUGAGGUGGAGAAGGAGAAGAGCCCAGAGGGCGGAGAGAAGCACGAUGGCCGGCGCCGUAUCAAGCAGGAUGGGCUGAUGCGUGCCUAUGUCCUGCACUUGCUGUGCCGCUCAGUGCUGGAGAUGGUUUUCCUCUUCGGGCAGUACCUGCUGUACCGCUUUGAGGUGAGCCCCUCCUACGUCUGCAGCCGCAGCCCCUGCCCGCACACUGUCGACUGCUUUGUCUCCCGCCCCACUGAGAAGACCAUCUUCCUCCUCAUCAUGUAUGCCGUCAGCGGGCUCUGCCUCUUCCUCAACCUCUGCGAGCUCUUGCACCUCGGUGUGGGGCGCAUCCGCGAUGCCCUGAGCCAGGCCGACGGCCCCCCGCUCCCGACUGGAGACAGCCCUGCGCCGCAGUACCCCAAGAAAGCGCCCAGCGCCCCCCCCACCUAUCACUCGUUGAAGAAGGAGCUGCCACAAGCCCCGCUGACCAACAGCAAGCUGGACUACCGGGAGAACCUGGCCCAGGGGCGCUUCGCCCUGGCUGCAGCUCCCCCGGUGCACGAGCUGGACCGGCUGCGUGAGCACCUGCGUCUGGCCCAGGAGCACCUGGAGGUGGCCUUCCACCUCCAGCCCCCGCCGCGGCCCCCCAGCCCUGCCCGCAGCAGCAGUCCCGAGGCCAAUGGCAUCGCCGCCGAGCAGAACCGCCUCAACCUCGCCCAUGAGAAGGGGACCGCUGCCUGCGAUAGGACCACAGGGCUGUGAGUGCCACCAGGGAUGACAGCGGUGUCUGCUGGAGUGGCUGCCACCGUGGGAUAGGCGCCCUGCCAGGAGCACAGGGCAAAGGAUGCCACACGCUUGCCCAGCGGGGCAGUCUGGGCAGUCCUGUCCCGGUGGGCAGCAGAGGGGUCGGGGGCCGUGGGGUUCAUUCCUACUAAGUUUUCAAAAAGGGAAUAUCUUAUUUUUGUACGUUUUUAUAAACUCAUCAACAUGUGCACCCUGGCAUUUUUGUACUCCAUCCCAAUCUCCACUCUGGGCCUGUGCUCCCCAUCUCCCGUUUCACUCACUUUUCCUCCUCCCGCACCCAUUUUCCCCAGCAUGUUGUCCUCAUACCCCCCUGUGCCCCCUAUGCCCUCUGCCACCCGCGUUAGCACCGGCUGGUGCUGUGCAUGUGCUGGUGAUUUUGGUACUGCCCCCUGAGGUGUGGGGCACUUAGGGGAGCAGGCUGGGGGUCUGGCUGGCCGGGCUAAGCUGUGGGACAGAGUGCUGGGCUGGCAUUACUCUUGGAGGGGGCAGGAGGUGGCACUGUGCUGCCAGAAAGUGACUUUGUGGCCAGGGGGGCCAUGCUGCACAGCAUCCUGGCCUGGGGCUGUGAGUUGCGGGGCUGGCCUGCUUGGAAAUGUCUGUGCAGAGGUCAGGGGCUGUCCUUCCCGUUGCCUCCACCCUGUCCUGGCAGGCCACCCUUGGACCAAAACUUGUCUCCUCCCACUCUGGCUGCAGGGCUGGGACCCCCUGCACGGAGCCAGACCCUGACCUCACAGUGUGGGGACGUGGUGCCCCGAGCUGGGCUCGGCCAGGAGCCAGUGGAGCAUUCCUCAUCAUCUCAGCCUGGGUCACAUGGGGACUUUUGUAGCGUUGUUUUUUACUCGGAAAUGAUUGUCACUCUGUUUUUCUUUUUUUUUUAAUGUCUAUAUUAGUAAAGGCUGAAGACAUUUUGUACUGAA